AGAGAAGAAUAUAGCUGUCUUUAUCUCGCUUGUCAUGCACAGUGCAACAUGCCUGCAGCACACAGAACAGAGGCAUGACAUAUCCUGCAAGUCGUGCACAACUUGUGGAGCAGCUCAGCCGCGUUCAGGGCUGUUGUGGAAACGUCAGCAAGGUUUCGUCUUGAAACGGCUGCAGCGUGACAUUGCAGAGCCUCUUUUUUGGUCUCUUUCCCCUUUAUGUGUGUGUCAUUUGUGGAUGAAAGGAUGGGUGGAUGGAGGAAGGCAAAUCUCUGAGCCACAGUGAGAGAGCGUGCACACACACGUCAGCUCGGGGAGGGCAAAGCCUGCUUAAGAUGCAGCGAAUGUGACAGUCGAGCCGAUAGUCCAGACUACAGCAGCGCGUGGACGGGAAAGGUGAGCGUGGUGGGGGUGGGGGGGCACAAAAAUGCCAGUGGAACCAGCUCACCCGCAGACGUGACGCCGACACACCGAGAAAAAAGAGGAAGGCACGCGGAGACGCUCAGCUGGUUUCCAAAUACGCGCGGAGGAGUCGGAGGGGGAACAGAGAGGACUGAGGUGCGGGAAGCGUCGCCCUUGUCUGGGGGGGAAAGAUGACAGUGGUGCCCGGAGAGAACCUGGAUGAGACUGUGGCACUGGCCGCGCUGUCAGCCCAGGAUGUGUACGACCCGGAGAGAGCCGAGAACCAGGAGUGCUGCGAGCGGGUGGUCAUCAACAUCUCCGGGCUGCGUUUCGAGACGCAGCUGAAGACACUCGCCCAGUUCCCCUCCACUCUGCUGGGGGACCCGCGCAAGAGGAUGCGCUUCUUCGACCCGCUGAGGAACGAGUAUUUCUUCGACAGGAACAGACCCAGCUUCGAUGCCAUCCUCUACUACUACCAGUCCGGGGGGAGGCUCCGGAGACCCGUCAACGUGCCAGUGGACAUUUUCAUGGAGGAGAUUAAAUUUUACGAACUGGGGGAGGAGGUGAUCGAGAAUUUUAAGGAGGAUGAGGGGUUUAUUAAGGAGGAAGAGCGCCCGCUGCCUGAUAACGAGUUCCAGCGGCAGGUUUGGCUCCUGUUCGAGUACCCGGAGAGCUCCGGACCCGCCAGGGGGAUCGCGAUAGUUUCCGUGCUGGUUAUUCUCAUCUCCAUUGUGAUUUUCUGCUUGGAGACUUUACCGGAGUUCCGAGAGGAAGCCAGAACGUUUGACGAGCAGCUGGUGGUGAACGGGACGGUGCGCGCAAAGAAGCCAAACCCGUUCACAGACCCGUUUUUCAUCGUGGAGACGCUCUGCAUCAUCUGGUUCUCCUUCGAGCUGCUGGUCAGGUUCCUCGCCUGCCCGAGCAAGCCCGCUUUCUUUAAGAACAUCAUGAACACCAUCGAUAUCGUGGCCAUCAUGCCCUACUUCAUCACGCUGGGGUUGGAGUUAGCGGAGCACCAGGGGAACGGGCAGCAGGCCAUGUCGCUGGCCAUCCUCAGGGUCAUCCGUCUGGUCCGGGUCUUCCGGAUCUUCAAGCUCUCCAGACACUCCAAGGGGCUCCAGAUUCUCGGGAAGACCCUGCAGGCCAGUAUGAGGGAGCUGGGACUGCUUAUAUUCUUCCUCUUCAUCGGGGUCAUCCUCUUCUCCAGCGCGGUGUACUUCGCGGAGACGGAUGACCCGGACUCUGGCUUCAGCAGCAUCCCGGACGCGUUCUGGUGGGCGGUGGUGUCCAUGACCACGGUGGGCUACGGGGACAUGUGUCCGGUCACCAUCGGAGGGAAAAUUGUGGGCUCCCUGUGCGCCAUAGCCGGAGUGUUAACCAUCGCGCUCCCGGUGCCCGUCAUCGUCUCCAACUUCAACUACUUCUACCACCGGGAGACGGAGCACGAAGAGCAGUUCCAGUACACGCAUGUGACGUGCGGCCAGCAGCAGCCGCAGUUUGGAGAGUUCAACAAGAGCGACAGCAAGCCGUCUCUGUCCAAGUCCGACUACCUGGACAGCGAUGACGCGGACUCCAUCAAAUACACCAACUGCAGCCCGCACAAAGCGUACACCGGGAAGCUCACCGAUGUUUGAUUUUUGACCCACAAUUACGCAUCAGUGGCGCGCUGAGGGAAUCUUUCCGUGCCAUCAAACAUCCCGCGCUCUGGUUUGAGUUUAGGUUGGCGAGCUCCUUAUUUCUGCCAUCAAAGGGAUUCAUUUCAUUCACAGAUGGAUUAUUAUGAGAUAACUCACAUUUAUCCCCCUGAAACAGUCUUCCAUUACGCGCGCCAUGAGUCAGAGGGGAAAGCUUUGAAAUGAUCAGCCUUUAGCCAGUUGUAGCACUUUAUUGUUGUUAUUAUUAUUAGCCUGAUGUUUCUCUUAGUAAAUGCGUAAUUUAUUGCCACAAUAAUGCAGGUUUAAAGUUUACAUUUGCUUUUCUGUCUAUCUGAAGCAACACAGGACCAAUUUAGUCUAAAUAUACAGACUGAUGCAGGAGGCACAUGGUGGCUGUUUUUGUUAUGGUCCCGCGCGCGCGCGCACACACGCACACCUGUUAUUUCACCCUCAUGUAUUUUCCAUUCACUCUGCAUGGAGCUCAGUGGUGGAUCAGAUGAUGUGCAGCAGGCUGGAGGAAUCACUUAUCCUAAAAUUAAACUUCUCUGAGCAGGCUUCCGUACAAGUCGCCUAAAUGUUUAAAUGUUGCUUCAGGAGGUUAAAUCCUCACUUUGUAGAGAGGCAUUAUGAAAUCAGGUGCAGCUUUUCCCAAACCAAGAGCGCCACUGUGUGGAUGACAAGGAGCCCCGCAUCUCUCCGGUGGAUGCAGUUUCUAUAGCAACCUUCCAGACUUUUCUGUAUUGUCUGCCACAGGAAUGAAAGGACGCAGGCUGAGGCUGUGGAGACGAGGCUCAGCGAGGCCACAAAACCACCAUGUUGUGGAAGCCUCCAUGUUGUUUUAGCUCACCAGCUGAAUCCGACACACGUUAUUUUAAUCUCCAACA